CCUUGUGGGCAUGCAUGCGUAAUCAUAUUAUCUAGAGUCUAACACAUUAUUUUGAUUCAUUAUUUUCAUCCUCUCCUUUGAAAUUUCUCCUUCUCAUCAAUAUAAAGAAGAACUACUUAAUUAUCUCAAAUGGAAUUGGGAAGCGUAUUGCAUUUCCUUGAGGACAAGACCAUUCUAGUCACUGGUGCCACUGGCUUCCUUGCAAAAAUUUUUGUGGAGAAGAUACUAAGAUGUCAAUCAAAUGUGAAAAAACUUUACCUUCUUUUGAGAGCUACCGAUAUUGAAUCUGCUACUCAUCGCUUGCACCAUGAGAUCGUAGAAAAGGAGUUGUUUAGAUUGCUAAAGGAAAAGUUGGGUACAAAGUUCAAUUCCUUUGUGUCAGAAAAGUUGAGUGUGGUACCAGGAGACAUUUCUAAACAGGACUUGGAUUUGAAGGACUCCAUUCUAAUGGAUCAUAUUUGCAAUCAAACUGAUAUUAUAGUUAAUAUUGCUGCAACUACUAACUUUGAUGAAAGAUACGAUGUUGCAUUGGGUAUUAACACAUUCGGAGUUAAGCAUGUAUUGAACUUCGCUAAGAAAUGUACUAAGCUCAAAGUGCUUCUUCACGUAUCAACAGCAUACGUGUGUGGCGAGAGAGGAGGAGUGGUAGUAGAGGAUCCACAGGAAAUGGGUGUGUCAUUGAAUGGAGUGGUAGGAUUAGACAUUGACAUGGAAAUGAAGUUGGUGCAACAAAAACUCAAUCAGCUUCGAGAACAAGGAGCCUCUGAACAUCACAUUAAACUCGCCAUGAAGGAAUUAGGCAUCCAAAGAGCAAAUAUGUAUGGUUGGCCAAACACAUAUGUUUUUACAAAAGCAAUGGGUGAAAUGCUUAUACAAACUUCAAAAGAAAAUACACCUGUUGUUAUUGUGCGUCCUACCAUCAUUACUAGCACUUACAGAGAGCCUUUUCCAGGUUGGGUCGAAGGUGUAAGAACCAUAGACAGUUUGAUUGUUGCUUAUGGUAAAGGAAAAUUAUCAUGCUUCCUUGCAGAUCUUAAGGCAGUUUUUGAUGUGAUACCGGCUGACAUGGUAGUGAAUGCAAUGAUAGUGGCUAUGGUGGCACAUGGAAAUAAAAGUUCUAGUGAUGAUAACAUCAUAUACCAUGUAGGUUCUUCUGUUAGCAACCCUGUGAGAUACCAAAAUCUUCAUGACUAUUCCUUCAAAUAUUUCACUGCAAAACCUUGGAUCAAUAAAGAGGGAAAGCCUAUCAGAGUUGGCAAGAUUACCAUAUUGAGUAGCAUGGCAAGCUUCCAUAGAUACAUGUUCAUUCGCUACUUGCUUCCGUUAAAGGGACUAAAACUGGUGAAUGAAGCAUCAUGCAAGUAUUUCCAAGAAACGUAUCAUGAACUUUAUAGAAAGAUCCAUGGUGUUAUGCGGCUCGUUGAUCUUUACAAGCCUUAUGUAUUUUUUAAUGGCGUAUUUGACAAUAUGAAUACAGAAAAGUUGUUGAGAGCGGCAAGAGAAGGUAGGGCAGAGAUGGAUUUGUUUUUCUUUGAUCCAAAAAUUAUUGAUUGGGAAGAAUACUUUAUGAAUAUCCAUUUUCCUGGCAUUUCCAUGUAUAUCUUCAAGUGAUAAUAAUAAUUAAGCAUUUGUACUUUAUUUGUAAUAUCACAACUUAUUAUUAUGCGUGCCACUUUGUAUUAUGAUCCUUAAGUUUUAUAUUGCUUAUAUAUGUGUAGU